GGGCCGCGGCUCCGGCUCCGGCUCCGGCUCCCGGGCAUUUAAAGGGGACGCGGCGGCUGCCCGGGGGGAUGGGGGGCAAGUGGAGGGGACGGCUCAGACGCACAUCAUCCUCAGUCCCUCGGGACUGGAGGGACUCGUGAGCUGGAGCCCAGAAAUCCGGGGGUGGAUAAGACACCGCGUCCCCUCCAAUUCCCGUAAGCACCCCUUGCUCCAUCCUGCGCCCCAAUACCUCAGCUAGCCCCUUCCCCACUUCUUACACUCCAAACUCAGCCGAGACAGACCUCUGCCGCCGCCGCCCCCACGAACGUGUGACAACGGCUGGAGGCUAACAGAGUCCCUACAGGUGGUGCCCACGGUAAUGCACCGACAAUGAGUGGCUGUUUUCCAGUUUCUGGCCUCCGCUGCCUAUCUAGGGUCUUGGAUGUGCCAGCGCCUCUGGCCGUGGCCCGCUAACCAGCCUCUCCCGGGCGGGCUCCUGCCGCGCCCCCUCUCGCUUGCCCCCUCCUCCUCCUCCUCCUGCUGCUCUCCCCCCUGCUCCCAGGACGGCGGGAUGGCCGCGCAGGGCGCGCCGCGCUUCCUCCUGACCUUCGACUUCGACGAGACUAUCGUAGACGAAAACAGCGACGAUUCGAUCGUGCGCGCCGCGCCGGGCCAGCGGCUCCCGGAGAGCCUGCGAGCCACCUACCGCGAGGGCUUCUACAAUGAGUACAUGCAGCGCGUCUUCAAGUACCUGGGCGAGCAGGGCGUGCGGCCGCGGGACCUGCGCGCCAUCUAUGAAGCCAUCCCUUUGUCGCCAGGCAUGGGCGACCUGCUGCAGUUUGUGGCAAAACAGGGCGCCUGUUUCGAGGUGAUUCUCAUCUCCGAUGCCAACACCUUUGGCGUGGAGAGCGCGCUGCGCGCCGCCGGCCACCACAGCCUGUUCCGCCGCAUCCUCAGCAACCCGUCGGGGCCGGAUGCGCGGGGACUGCUGGCUCUGCGGCCGUUCCACACACACAGCUGCGCGCGCUGCCCCGCCAACAUGUGCAAGCACAAGGUGCUUAGCGACUACCUGCGCGAGCGAGCCCACGACGGCGUGCACUUCGAGCGCCUCUUCUACGUGGGCGACGGCGCCAACGACUUCUGCCCCAUGGGGCUGCUGGCGGGCGGCGACGUGGCCUUCCCGCGCCGCGGCUACCCCAUGCACCGCCUCAUUCAGGAGGCCCAGAAGGCCGAGCCCAGCUCGUUCCGCGCCAGCGUGGUGCCCUGGGAAACGGCUGCAGACGUGCGCCUCCACCUGCAACAAGUGCUGAAGUCGUGCUGAGUCUGGCCGCCUGCAGGGGGGUACCGGGGCCAACGGCGGAGGGGGCGGGGAAGGGAGAUUCGGGAAAGACAGUUAGCUUUACUACUCCGUUUUCCCUUUGGCUUUGCUAUGUCCCUCUGGGAAUUUCUGGAAUCUCAUAUUUGGGGGCUUGAGGAAGGGGGCUCAGAGCCGUCCCUAUCUAUGCAGUUAACCCACCUCGGCUGCCUCCCCCACUCCACUGUGCACGGUUGAGUUCUGGAGUCUGACUCAUCGCGGGGUCGCGCGCAAACCUUGGAAGGCAGCAUUGUUUCCUGGUCCUCCCAACUGGGAGGAAGGGGCUCCCCAGCAGGUGAGAGAAGGAACAUCUCCCGCCGCUGUAACUGUUGCCUCGGGCUGCGUGACCGCCCCGCCUCCAGUCUACUGUGGGGGGAACCCAGGAUCCUGAAAUUCUCCUGGCCACAAGAACUCCCCACAGAGGCAGAAGAGGGUCUCCACCUGUGGCCCCAGGCCUUUGCGAUCUUGCUUCACCCACCGCAACCCCACACUAUUUCUGUGCUGUCUACAUCCUCUUGCCUCCCGACCCCCGCACUCCCUUCUAGCACCCCCAAAGGAAAAGCCAGAACAAUCGCCUCCUGGUGGUGGUACGAGGUAGCGCACCGUCCGGCUCGGGUCCGGACAGCCAGUAACCUCGCAGCGUGUGACGGUGUCUCCUUGCACCCCAGCCUCGUCCAUGCAGCAAGAGACCAGGGACUUCACCAAAGUCACCCUCGCGGGCUGGGCCCUCCACGCAUCCCCCCCUUGGAACAGAAAGCCAUGAUGUUUUUAAGCAGAACCAGCGAAACCCAAGCCCCUCCUUCCUCUGGUGUUUUACAACUAUAAAGGAGGUGAAGGGGGAA